GAAUGAGAUUUAUCGUUGCCGCCAUUGUUAUCCAAUGUACACAACAUUUUGAAGCAAUGGUUGUCAAGUGUAAUGAAAAACCAAAACAAUAUGAUUUUUAAAAGAAGAAAAGUUGCAUUACAGAUCUGAAACUACUGUGAACGCGUGAGAGAUACUUGUUUACAAUGCCGCAUAAGUUGCAUUUCAAAGUAAUACAUGCUUCAGGACAAGAUGAUAUAUACAGAGCAAGUGAACUAAAUCAUCAUAGUCCAUUAACCAAAGGAUGGCAGUCAUCGAGAUUUUGUCUUUACCCUCAAGAUAUGGUUAUCCAGCUUGAAGCAAGGUCAAGGUUAAGAAAAAUUCAGAUUUUAUCCCAUCAGUACCUUAUACCAACCAAGAUCGAAUUUUUUGUUGGAGAUGUGCCAGAUGGGGCACCACUUACGCUAGAAAGUGCUAGAUAUGCCAGACUAGGGUAUGUUUCCCUAUCUGACAAUGAAAAAACAGGCUAUAAGGCAAGAGAACUCAAGUCAGUGCAUGUUGAUGCUGUCGGCCAUUUCCUCAAGUUAAACAUUCAUAAGAACCAUGUCAACAAACACAAUUUAUAUAAUCAGGUGGGAAUCAUCGCUAUCAACGUGAUAGGAGACUCUCUGCGACGAUCUUACGACUUCACAGAUCCAGAUCUCCUUUUAGAAGACAACAGAGUUGAAAGGGAUCCAGCUCUAGAAGGACUUUUCAAUAAGCCAGAUUACAUUUCACCCCUGGAUGAUCUUGCGUUUGAUAUGUACCAAGACCCUGAAAUAGCACAAAUAAUUCGACGGCUUGAAAGAAAAAAACAGGAAGCUGUGCUACAGGAGAGGUAUGACUACGCUAAGAGAUUAAAACAAGCUAUAACAGAAUUACAGAAGGCAGGAUUGGUAAACCACUAUUUGGGUGAAGAAUAUGAUUAUGAACGUUUGGUUGGUGAGAAGCUUGGGAAGAUGGAAGUUGAAAAGAGACAAGCAGUAGAAAAUGAAGACUAUGACAAAGCUAAACUGAAGAAGCUGCAGAUGGAUGAAUACAGAUUACAAAUUUAUAAAGACUUGAACUUAAAUGAUUUGUUGGAGUUAUCAGGGAGUCGGCACCCCCAGCACAUUGAUCUAGAGCCUGUUCAUCAUCCUGUUUACACAACACCCCCACCUCGACUAGAGGAGUUACCACCCCCUCCACCACCUCAGCAACCUAGAACACCCCCUCGCUACGAUGAAUGGCCUCUUCCACGCAAUAAGGCUGUUAUAGAAGCCUCAGAGGCUCCUGUAGAUGACCCUCCUCCUCCAUCUCCACUCCCCCUGGAAACCAAGCCAAAAGUCAGCACCCCCCAGACUCCACAGGACAAGAGGCUGCCCAAGUUGAAAGCUUUGAAUGUGGAUGAUGAGUUGCCACCAGAUCCUGACAUUAACCAAGAAGUUGAGCCGAUGACCGAAGUAGAUCUGAGGGAAGCAUCAACAGCCAUUGAUAUUUUUGGUCUUGGUCUGGUGUCAAAAGCCUACUCCAAGACGUGGUCCUACAGAGAGGAUGCCUUGACCGCAGUCCACCACCAGAUGCAGCAAAUGCCAACGGGAAACAAAGAGGAAGCCAAAUCCAUGAUGAGGGCGGCCAUCUUUCUGGUCAAGCGUGGUAUUGAUGACAAGGUUUAUGCUGUAUUCAAAGCUGCUCUAAAUCUUCUAAGGAUGAUUCUCACUGAGUUUGUUCCUAAGCACAAACUGGGCAAGGCUGAUGUGACCAAUGCUGUUGAGAAAAGUAUACCAAACCUUUUUCACAAGGCUGGGGACACGGCCGUCAGGAACAGGGAUGACGCUAAAAGCUUUGUUCUGGAUAUGGCCAGUUUUCCUGAGGUCAAGCCAACCCAAAGUUUAACACAUGAGUGUGUCAAACCUAUAAAGCUGACACUUGGUCCACGGCAUGCCCAAAGCAGAUGUGAAUUAGUUGAGUCGUUGUACCAGAAAUUCGGCCUGAAAAAUGGCCUGACCAUGGACAAUGUUAUGAAGUUCAAUGUGGAAGGUCUGAAUCACAAUGCUGGUGAAGUGAGAGAAGUCAUUGAGCGACUCAUUAAGUUAAUGUACAAAAACCAUGGAGCCCCAAUCAAGGAGUACUUGCCACCAGAUGAUGAAAAGACCAGAAAGAACACACUGUGGCGGCAACUCUUUGAAUAUUUUGACCAAGUGGAUGGGAAACCGUCAAGAUCUGAUAUAAAGAAACUUAAAGCAGAAGAAGAACAGAAAAAACAAGCAGAAAUUGAUGCAUUGCAUAAGCAGCUUCAACAACUUAGAGAAAUGAAUGCUGGGAAGGCACUCCGCAGUGACAGAAGCACUGAUCCUGUAGAUGCUUCAGUUUUGAAGAAUGAACCCACAAAGAAAGCGGGUCCUGUUAAGAAGAAACCAGACACCACAAAGCCUAAAAGCAAAGUGAAAACAAAGGCAAAAGAUGAUGACGAUGUUUCUAUGUUUACUGUUGAUAAUAUAUGUAUAUUCUGUGGUGAGAGAAAUGAAAGUUUUACAGAGGAAGGAUUAGACAUUCAUUACUGGAAGAACUGCCCAAUGCUGAAGAGGUGUACAAACUGCAAACAAGUUGUGGAGAUAGCCACAUACACUGACCACGUCCUGAAUGAAUGCGAGGCCAAGUCAAACUUCAGCAAAUGCCCUCGUUGUUCUGAGGCAAUACCCAAACCAGAGUAUGAUCAGCAUGUGUCUGAGAAGUCUUGUAAUCCCUCCAAGUCUGGAACCAACCACUGCCCGCUGUGUCAUGAGAAUAUAUCAGCGGGGGAAGAUGGAUGGAAGGAUCAUCUCAUGAGCCGUACAGGAUGUAAACAAAAUCCCCGGCGCCUUCUGGCACUCAACAAACCUGCAGGUGGGCCAGUUGGAGCAAAAGCAGCAACAAGAGGGAGAGGAGGAAAGGCAGGCGCAGUUCGAGGGGGAAAAAAAUAAAAACAGUUUAGAAUUAAAAUACAUAUUUUAGGGAUAUAUUAAUUUAAAUAAAUUACAUACAUAUAUAUAUAAAUAUAUAUAUAUAUAUAUAUCUUUUACCUAUUUGACGGCCCUUAUACCAAUACUUAUUUAUAGCACUUUUAAUUGAAACCUAAUUAUUUAAUUAAAACGAUCCCUUAAUAACAUGACCCAACAUUUAAUUUUUGAAAAACCAAAACAUGCAGUGAUUAAAGUUUAUAUGGAAAUCUUACAAAAAUUAUAGAAUGUUACUGAUUCAGUUUUCUUCAAGACAAAACAUUGAAGCAUCAAUAAUUGCAAACUGUUUAAAUACAAGUGUGCCUUCCAUUGCUUUAAAAACUUUGCCUUUAGAAAAUGUUACUGCUUUUUUUUUUUACUGUAAAUAUAUAUAUUUUUAAAUUGUUGUAAAAUUGAUGGAGUGUUUUAGUCAUUUUUUUUUUUCAUCUGCACAAUGUAUUUUUAAGCCGGCUGCUGUUUUGAAAAUGAUGCUUUCAUUUUAUCAAAUUUUAAGUUAGGAAAAAAAAUAUCUGGCUCUUCGUUCAGUGUGUCAGAAAGUGGUAGUUCCACCUGUGGCUAAUUCUUGUAAGUUUAUUAACAGUUGAUUCCAAUUUUUUUGACCAAUUUGUGUUCUGUUUAAUGUAGUUUUUCUUUUUUCCUAUAUAUAACAAAGGCAUUUUAAGACUUAAUCACAAUUGUUCUUUUUAAAAUAAGUUGAAUAUCAUUUUAGGCCCUUCUGUAUUUUUAUUUUAAAAAACUGAACAUUUAAAGGUAAAUUCUGAAAUAAUACACACACAUGUGUCCUAAGUCCAGAAUAAUUUUUUUCUGACUUAAAAAAAUCUCUGUAUUUGUAUUAUGCAAAACUCCACAUGCACAGUAGAAUUUUUUUUCAUUUUCCACUUCAUAGAAUAAUUUUUUUAAACUAGUUGCCUGCUUCACAAAAAAAAAAGGUCUCCAAUCUACUCAAAUUUAUUUUAAAUGUAAAAUUAGCUUGUGUUUAUAAAAUGGAUCAGUACAUUGGCUGACAUGUUAACAUUCCAUUAAUAUAAAUUGAUGUAUGAUUAAAAACUUUACUAUCAAUUUUAACUUUUAUGUAUAUUUAUUUACUGUAUAUUCUUUAUUACUAUUAUUAUUCUUUAUGCAUUGUGUCAUAUUUUAACUGAUUCAGAAUUAGGAAAAUACAA